AUGGGGGACUUAUCUCUUGUAACUUUGGCAACGGGUCAGGUAUGGACUACCGAGGGUCAGAGCAUCGGAAGCCUCGACAGCCUUAACGUCUACCUGGCAGAUGAAGUUUCGCAAGGCAUUUGGCAACCUUUGGGUUUAAGAGGCUCUGAACUCGUCAUAAUAUGGCUUAUAGAGUCUUCUCAGAAGGCAGUGGGCAACGGUUGGUGCAUGGAGGUCGAGUGGGUGAGGGAGGGAGAAUUAUGA